CGCACGCAUGUAUUAUGCUGCCAUAAUAUGUUUCUCGUAAUGCAAUAAAAAGAGCAUUUUUGCUCACACUGAUGGUUUCACUGUCCAUUAACAUGGUUGGGGGUUUCUGACAUUUAAAAAGCUGGGUUUAGGCACAUUUUCAACAUAAAAUGAUGGAUGAGACCGGAUUUUACCUGAAUUAACUCUUUUUCCGAGGUCACCUGUUGAGAAGGUGCAAAUUGCAUAAAUGAUUUCAAGCUGAGAUCGUAACGCACACGCGCGUUAGUGUCUCCAUCUGUGUGUGCGCUUUGGUGUUGCGUGUGUUUUUUUUUUCAGGCUGGCACACACUGAAGUCUGCCAGCGGACGCUUGCGGUGGCAUACCGUGACAGUGCAGCUUUACCGGAGCGUAGCCAAAUGAGAGUCGAGCCCGUCCAUCCAUCCAUCCAUCCAUCCAUCCGUCCAUCCAUGCGUUACCGGGGAAACAGAUGGGCACGUUCGCGCUCGGACCUGUUGUUUGUAGGAUCAUCGAGCUGAGCGUUUCGCCAAAGCUACGGGAAUAAGUGAGUUUCUCCUGGGUUGGAUCACGUUUGGAGCCUCAGUCGUGCGCUGCGCGUCUCCGCCGCUCCGCUCAUCAGAUGAUGCUGCUGCGUGUUCACGGGUCCUCCUCCGGUACCACCGGCAUUACUCACGCACCGGCGGAGUGAGAACAGCUGAAGAUGAUCCUCAGAUGAACAGGUCGGGGAAACUUUUCCUGGGAGAUGUUCAGGGCAGUUUGGAUAUCUGACGGCCACGACGAUGAGUUUGUUUAAACACAGCGGAAGAGGAAAUUUAACAGGUGCGUAAUUGUCGCUCGAGCAUGAAUCCCAGUGGCUUCUGGCGCCUUCUCCAGUUCAGAAGCUCUUUGGAGAUCACGCGGGGAGCGCGCUAGUUGAUGGCACUGCGCGCCGGGAGGACUUUGCUUUGGUUCGGGCAGGUUUUGCGCAGAGUUUCGCGGCUGCAGGGCUUGUGGUCCCGGCGCUCCAGCAGUCUGCUGUGUCUCUCCACCAGCCAGGACCACGACCAAGGGACCUGUUACAACCGCAACCGGUGUCCGAAGACGCAGCAGCAGCAGCACUGCCCCUAUCCGCCCUUUCCAGACUGCUGCUGCGCCUUCCCGGGGGAUAAGAGGGGACAUGAACCCCUCAGCCGGCGGUUCCUGGUGGCCAUGAAGAGGCAGAACGUGCGGACGCUGUCCCUGAUCGUCUGCACGUUCACCUAUCUGCUGGUCGGGGCCGCGGUCUUUGACGCGCUCGAGUCGGACUUCGAGAUGCGGGAGAAGGAGCAACUGGAGGCUGAGGAGAAGCGCCUCCAGGGCAAGUACAACAUCAGUGAGGAUGACUAUAAAAAGCUGGAGACCAUCAUCAUGGAGGCCGAGCCGCACAGAGCGGGGGUCCAGUGGAAAUUUGCAGGGUCCUUUUACUUUGCCAUCACUGUCAUAACCACUAUAGGUUAUGGCCACGCGGCUCCAGGCACUGAUGCUGGAAAGGCAUUCUGCAUGUUUUACGCGGUGCUCGGGAUCCCUCUGACGCUGGUGAUGUUCCAAAGCCUCGGCGAGAGAAUGAACACCUUCGUGAAGUACAUGCUAAAGCGCAUCAAGAAGUGCUGUGGGAUGCGCAUCACGGAAGUCUCCAUGGAGAACAUGGUGACCGUGGGCUUCUUCUCCUGCAUGGGAACACUCUGCAUCGGUGCGGCGGCUUUCUCCCAUUACGAGGACUGGAGUUUCUUUCAGUCAUAUUACUAUUGUUUCAUAACACUCACCACCAUCGGGUUCGGGGACUUUGUGGCCCUGCAGAAGAACAAAGCUUUGCAGAGAAAGCCUCUCUAUGUGGCGUUCAGCUUCAUGUACAUCCUAGUGGGGCUGACAGUCAUCGGGGCUUUUCUCAACCUGGUGGUACUACGCUUCUUGACCAUGAACAGCGAGGACGAGCGGCGGGACGCCGAGGAGAGGGCUUCCCUGGCGGGGAACCGCAGUAGCAUGAUCAUCCACAUCCAGGAGGACACGCUGCAGAGGAGUCGACGGAGACGAGAACAGCAGCAGCAGCGCUACAGAUCCGAGGUCACCGACCUUCAGUCCGUUUGCUCCUGCAUGCACUACCAUUCGCACGAGUUUGGGAGCUCGGUCGGCCUCGGGUUGGGAAUGGGAGGAGGAAGUGGCGGCGGUGGCGCCUUUCAGCACCAGAACUCGUUCGGCUCCCAGUUGAGCCCUCACCAGUACCAUCACUACCACUCGACGGUGUCCUACCGCAUAGAGGAGAUCUCGCCGAGCACGCUGAAAAACAGCUUCCUUCCCUCCCCCAUCAGCUCCGUCUCGCCCGGGCUGCACAGCUUCACGGAAAACCUCCGGCUCAUGAGACGACGCAAGUCCAUCUGAGGGCCGACGGCAAUCGCUGAACACACAUAUCCAAUGCUGCUGCUCUACCAAACCUCAUCCGGCACUUUUUUUGUCAUUUUUCUGGCUGACGUCGGACCGACAGGACAUUUGAUCGCUUGGUGGAUAUAUUGGAACUCGGUUAAAAAGCAUGAAGCAUGGAUAUCUAUUUUUGCAGAAAACAUCGCCUGGGCCUUCUUUGCCCUUUUGAGCAGCACCUAAGUGGAUUUGGAUAUAAUAAUACCAUCCUGAUAUCUUAUCAGACGAUGCACACUUGUGUUUUGAAUAAUACAGAGGGAGAUAAAUAUAUAUAUAUAUAUAUAUAAUAUUUUUUAAGGGACAUGUGAAAAUGUGCGUUUUAUCAAACUGUGAGCAACCUCUGGUUCUUUCUUAAGAUUCAAGUGCCACACCACAGAAGGAGAAAUAACGAUAAAACUGAUUUGAAAAGGACUACGCAGUAUCAGGUAUUGUUUUCUAUAAGCAAUUCUAUUUAAGAGAAAUAAGACAUUGAUUCACAUCAUGCCAAAAUAUUGUUGCCAACCAUAGCAUGUGCAUUAGUUGUCGUUUGAUGUGCGUCAUCAUUUCCGUUUACCUUUUCGUUUUCCGUUUGUUUGUUUAAUUUUGAUCGAAGGUUUUCUGUAAAUUAUACAUGUAUGUAGAGACUUUCCAAGUGCGAAUUUAGAGGUGACAGAUGAGAGACGGCAGAAGGAGAAUAAUUGCAUGUGCUUUGUUCAAACUGAUAUGCGUAUAUUGUCACGAGGCGAACCGAUAGCACUGGAUCCAAUAUUAAAAGCAAAUAAUCCUUUAAAAAGUUUUUCUUUUUUUAAAUGAAAGUCGAACUAAACAUCCACUAAAACAGGGCCUCACGAAUGGGAACGUAACAGCAUCGCGGAUGAUUGUUAUUCAUCGUUAUUUAUAUAAACAACAGCACGGCUAUUAUUCCAUUGUGAACAAUCAAUGUAUAAUGUAUGCUAACCCUAGCAAUGAUUGCUUUUUUCUCGACCAUAACCAUGGCAUUUAUUUGAAUGAGACUUAUUUAAAUGCAUCAAUAAAGACAGUUAUUUAUGUAUUUUACACUUUGAUGAUGUCUUCAGAGGAUGCCCUGCAAAUGAGAUGGUACCUCAUAAACCUAAAAAUUGCUCGGAUGUUGAUUGAAAAACAGUGCAUCUCUUUUAGGAACGGUCUGGAUGUAAUCAACAGUUCUCAUUCUCUGCUUGUGGUAGGGAAUGUUUUUGCAUCUGAUAUAACUAAACCUUUUAUAACUCUUUUAUUUGGUCUUACUAGAUAUAAUAUCGGAGUAUCUGUGCUACAGUUAGGAUCCAGUAAAGCAGAGUUGGAGUUAAGACCAGACCCUACAAGACCCAGACCAUGACUUGAUGCUUUGAGGCCCAGAUCCAGACCAAUACCUGUCCAAGUAUGAGUUUGUCCCUUUUACAUAACAUCUUGCUAAUUUGCUGUAAUCAUGAAGACACCUUUGGUUGAAUUAGAAUUUUAAGAAUGAAAAGAUCUUAAAGAAGUUCACUUCCAGAAUGAAAAUUUCCUGAUGGUUUACUCACCCCCAUAUCAUCCAAGAUGUUCAUGUCCAUCUUUCUUUGGUCAAAAAGAAAUUCAGGUUUUUGAGGAAAACAUUCCAGGUUUUUCUUCAUAUAAUGGACUUUAAUGGUGGCCAACAGUUUGAAGGUCCAAAUUGCAGUUUUAAUGCAGCUUCAAAGGGCUCUACACAGUCCCAGCCUUGGAAUAAGGGUCUUAUCUAGCGAAAUGACCGGUCAUGUUUAGGGUUGCCCCCUAAUAGUCGACUAACUGUUAGUUGAUGAGAAGAGGCUUGGUCGACCAAAAUUUUAUUAGUCGCUUAUGUCCGUUUAGACGACAGAAUUUUCAGCCAAAAAUGCAUUUUUGCUGUUCGUGUACAUGACAAUGGUGUUUUGAAACCGGGUUUCAAAGUGCACGUUUUUGAAAAUGGCACCCAAUAUGGAAAUCUUUGAAAACGGUAACGUCAUGCACGUGCGUAGUACGUGUUAGGUAUGUAGUCAUGAGCAGUACGUGAUGAUUUUAAAGGCAAGCGUGAACAAACAGUCCGCCAACUUCUGGCCUGGCAUACGUAAUACAGUUUUUUUUUUUCAGUUUUCGUGGAUAUGUGUAAACGCGAAUCGUUUUGAAAACGUUGUGUAUACAUGAAACUGUAAGGGAAAAACUUGUCCAUUUUCGACUACAUCGCUGUCGUGUAAGCAUAGUCUUAGUCACAGAAAAAUGAAAACCACAUAAAGAGGUGAAGUCAUGCAGUCCGUGACGGACAGAUCGUUAACGGCUGGUCUAUGUGGUAAUGCAGUACAUCAGGAAGGACAUCUAAAUGCCCACCUAUCAUUCAUUGACGUCAAAUAUGGCUUUUCAUCUGAAAGAUGUAUGUAGUAACUUUACAUGGCAGCUGAAUCUAAUGUUAACCUAGAAAAAAUGUGCACUAUUUAAGUAUCUGUGCGGAGUGUGGAAGCUGAACAGAAGCGUGCUUACUGCAUGACAGAUGGAGGUGCUGGUGCGGUCACUUGCACUUAAAAUACUGUCAUUUUUGGUCAUACAGAUAAAAGUAAUACAUCUUUUGAAUCUGUAAAGACACUACGUUUAUUUGUGCGCACACACAAUAGCAACAAAAUGUUGCGCUUUUUUAAAAUAAUUAAAGCAUUAUCUGGGAACUUGAGCGUGAAACUUCGAAACUCUGAGUACACUUGCCUUACAGACAUGAAAAGUAUAUCCAUAGAGAGAAAUUAGUACUUUUAAAAAUGAACCAAUUAAAACAGAAAACAAAUAUUCUCCUAUUAUGUAAUCCAUAGGAAACAUGCAUACAGGUGCAUCCACUACUGUGGAUAUGAUAAAUCAGUGUUGUCGACUUCAUGUCUUAAGAUGAAAACAAAAAAAGCACUAGAUUAUCAAUAAAUUAUUUAAACCUUAAUGCAGCCUCCUUACUGUUUUUGCAUGACACAUUCAUAAUCGUAUCUGCUGGUGCGCUGUGGCAAGUUUUUUUUUUUUGUGCGCCUCAGCGUUUUUAUCAGGCUAUGUAGGCAAUCAAAGGCUCAUUAUUACGAUUAUAUGGUUUAUUAAUAAACAAGCGACUAAUAGUCAACUAUUGCUUAAAAUGAAUGUCUACUAGUCGACCAGAAAAGUCUUUAGUUGUAGUCAUGUUCUAAGAAAAAAUACAAAUUGAUAUACUUUUUAACCACAAAUGCUUGUCUCGCACUAGCUCGACCUUGCGCAUUACGGAAAUGCGCGCACGUGGUGUAGGCAGAAACACAGACCCAAUGUUUACAAAGCAAACAUGCAAAGACCUUUAAUGCCCUUUACAAAAAAAGUUAAAACAAUGAUGUCAGACGAUUUUGAAGACAAAAUGAGGAGAUUUUCACCCUACCUAAGUACACAAAUGAAGAACAAACCACGCAUGACUUUUCCAACGUGAUGAUGUAAUUUGCAAGACAAGCAUCACAGAGCUAGUGCAAGAUGAGCAUUUGUGGUUAAAAAGUAAAAAACUUUUAUUUAUUUAUUUUAUUUUUUUAAAGAAAAUUACCAAUUGUUUCGCUAGAUGAGAGACACUUAUUCCACAGCUGGGAUCAUGUAGAGCGAUUUGAAGCUGUAUGAAACUGCAGUUUGGACCUUCAGCCCACUGGCCAACAUUGAGGUCCACUAUAUAGAGAAAAUUCCUGGAAUGUUUUCCUCAAAAAAAACUUAAUUUCUUUGCAGUUGAAAAAAGAAAGAGAUAAACAUCUUGGAUGACAUGGGGGUGAGUAAAUUAUAAGAAUGCAACAUUCAUGUGGUCUUGAUGGGUCUUCAAGACUCCAACUCUGACAAUAGCGAACCAAAAAAUAACAUCGCAAAUAAGGGAUUUUUUAAAUGGAUGUAGAAGGCUGUGUGAUAAGAUUCGAUGUGCAUUUAAUUUCAGAAGUUUUAAUUGAGAAUUGAUCUCUAAUUUCAGUCCUGUUGAUCAAAUCAGAAGCAUUCAGAGUGGUGAAGUUUUCACCUAAAAUCCAAGAAUCACAUGCAGACGACAAAUAAUAAAUCAGAUGAAAUGUGACACAAUGAAUCAGUUAUUAAAAAUUACCCAAACCUUUUAGGUGGUAAGUGACAUCCAGACUGGAACCUUGCUGGUAUUUUCUUAAAAAAUAAUCUUGAAUAAUUAUCUUGAUGUGGAUCACUGAGGUAUGCAAAGCCCAAAGUGCCCGCUAAAGUAAUUCGGUUUCAGACAAGACUAAUUAAUGAGAGACAUUCCCGAGGGACUCCGGCGUUCCCGUGCACUCUUUUAGUCAAUUUCCGAGUCUGGCAGUGGGAAGCGGUUUCAGGCUCAAAAAGCUCACCCUUCUAAUACCAAUCAACUUGACGUCUGACAUUCUGGAUUUCACAGCAUAUGUUGCAGCACUCAUGUAAAUUUAUGUAAAUCGCUACCAUUUUAUAAAAUUGUACAGUGCAUAUAUUGUAAGUAGUUAUAUCCUUGACAAAUUACAAAGGCAUAUUUUAAACUCAGAUGCAUUCCCAUUUUUACAGCAUUCAGCAUACUGUGCCUUGAAGGGGUAUCUUUCAAAUGUGGAGUUUGUAUUUCAUUAAGGCACAUACUCAAAUUCAUAUUCAGAUGUAGAAGCAAACAAAUUAAAAGACUUUGUUGUCAAAGCAAAAGCUCCCCCCAUGUAUUCACAUGGAAGACAUUACAUCAAAUAAAACCAAAGCAACUAAUCCUCACGAAUGCCGCCGCCACCGCCCAAACGAUGCACAAACUUAUAUUUUAGCGUGAACACUGUCUGAAAUGCGUCCGUUAUUUCACUAGCACAAUUACAGCUUUAUUUGCCACUUUUUAUUGGUUGUCACUUUAACCUAUGUAUGUACAUGAUGGUUCCUGGGGUCAGGAGAGAAUAACAUGUAUUUUACAUCGAUAAACUGUACUUGCAUUCUAUAUGUAAUAGCCUGAUGAUAAUUACUCAGACAGAUGAGCUUGUAUGUAUGGACUAGAUGAAAUGUAAUAAGCUUAUGACUGGCAACAGAUCCACUGCUGUGGAGAGACACUGACAAAUAAAACAUAUGUAUCAAAAUACAUAUCAAUCCACCCUAAUUCAUUUAUAAGAGAGAUAUUGUUUAAUAAUAGUUAUAUUAAAUAAAACUUCAAGGAAUAGUUGACCCACAAUUAGAAAAUUUGCUGAAAAUAUAUGGAACAGAUUUGGAGAAAUGCAGCAUUGCAUUACUUGGUCACCAAAGGAUCCUCAACAGUGAAUGGGUGCCGUCAGAAUAGGAGUCCAACACAGCUGAUAAAAACAUCACCUUAAUCCACAAGUAAUCCACACCACUCCAGUCCAUCAUAUAACAUCUUAUGAAGCAAAAAGCUGUGUGUAAUAAACAAAUUUAUCAUUAAAAUGUUUUUAAAAUUACUUUUAGCUAAAAUACAAGUCCGUAAUCCAUAAUAACGCUUCCUACAGUGAAGAAGUCCAUCUCCUGUUGUCCUCUCACAUCAAAAUACAAUAACAUAUUUUUGACCCUGGACCACAAAACCAGUCAUAAGGGUAAAUUUUUUUGAAAUUGAGAUUUAUACAUCAUCUGAAAGUUGAAUAAAUAAGCUUCCCACUGAUGUAUGGUUUGUUAAUAUAGGAUAAUAUUUGGGUGAGAUACAACUCUUUGAAAAUCUGGAAUCUGAGGGUGCAAAAAAAAAAGUUCUUAGCAAUGCAUAUUACUAAACAAAAAUUAUGUUUUGAUAUAUUCACAGGAGGAAAUAUACCAAAUAUCUUUAAUGGAACAUGAUCUUUACCCAUACAAUGUAUUUUUGGCUAUUGCUACAAAUAUCCCCCUGCUACUUAAGACUGAUUUUGUGGUUCAGGGUCACAUUUGUUUAAAACUUUGUUUUUUUCUUCUUCUCAUAAACAUUGCUUGAUCUGUGUGUAUUUCUUUCCUGAUUCAGACAAGGCAACUUUUUCACUGGAGGAAGCAAUAAUGAGAAUAGGGAUCUUGUGAAGUGAAAAGCAGCAUGACAUUUUUAAUUGCAAACCAGUGUAGCUUCCAGCUAAAUGACAAGGUGUUAAUUGAUGGUCUGGAGUCAUGUGGAUUAUUGUGAUGUUUUAAUCAGCUGUUUGGACUCUCAUUCUGACGGCACCCAUUCACUGCAGAGGAUCCAUUUGUGAGCAAGCGAUGUAAUGCUAAAUUACUCCAAAUCGGUUCCCAUGAAGAAACAAACAUUUGUAUAUUGACGGCCUGAGGGUUGUGUACAUUUCAGCAAAUUUCCAUUUGUGAUUGUCUAUCACAGUUUUGCAUAAUUUUAUGUCAUCUGUCUGAUCUGUUUACUCUCAGCUACUAUAUUUUUGUCUUAAUGCUACAGGAAUAUUGCACUAUUAAAUCUGUCUGUCCACCCACAGCAGUGUGAAUCACGCUGCCGCUUAAAUAUGAUUAUUCACAAUAAUCUCCACAUGUUGCUCUGUAUUUAUUUCUAUAAUAAUCUCUUUCUGCAAUAGAAUGCAUUAUCAGUGGAUCUUUUAAGAUCCCACUGCAUCAAAUAAUCUGUGUGAUCCUGUCCGACUAAAGAAGGGGAUCCGUCAUGAUACAGAUUCGAUCUCUGGACUGUCAGAACAACAUACUUGUUUAUUGUUUUUGCCUUUAUUGGGAAAACUUGCAAUGAGCAUUUAAAUUCGUUUGUUUGUCUUAUUUGUUGUGUGUGCAUGACAUAGUGUGGCCGGCUGACCUCUUCACAUGACUGGGGUGAAUUAAAAAUUUGAAUUAAAAAAUGUCAACUUCCCUCCUUUCUCACAGAGUGCUCUCUGAUUGGCUGAGUUUCUGUAUCACAUGACAAUUUGCAUAAACACAUCCAUUGGUUUUAUUGGUGAUGGUGGCAAAGUGUAUAUGCA